AAGGCGAAGCGGGGCGGCGCGGCGGGUGGAGGAGGCCAUGCGGCGGCGGCGGCGCUGGUCCGCGUCGGGCACACGGACAGCAGCUCUGACCUCUCCGACUGCCCCUCCGAGCCGCUGUCCGACGAGCAGCGCCCGGCCCCGGCCGCCAGCAGCGACGCCGAGUCCGGCACCGGCUCCAGCGACCGCGAGCCGCCCCGCUCCGUCCAUGUCUCCGGGCGCGGAGCAUCGCUGCCGCUCCCCGGUGCUCGCGGUGAGCCCACGGCCCCGGGCGCGGGGAGAGCGCCGAGCCGCGGGGAGCAGCGGGCGGCCCCGGAGGAGCUGCAGCGGGAGGUGGAGGAGCUGCGCUCGGAGAACGAGUACCUCAAGGAUGAGCUGGAUGAACUGCGGGCCGAAAUGGAAGAAAUGCGUGACAGUUAUUUGGAGGAAGAUGUUUACCAGCUGCAGGAGCUCCGGCGAGAGCUGGACCGGGCAAACAAGAAUUGCCGCAUUCUGCAGUAUCGUCUCAGGAAAGCAGAACAGAAAAGCCUGAAAGUUGCACAAACAGGCCAUGUGGAUGGAGAGCUCAUUAGGAGCUUGGAACAAGAUUUAAAGGUAGCCAAAGAUGUUUCUGUCAGACUGCACCAUGAGCUGGAGAGUGUGGAGGAGAAACGUGUUAAAGCAGAAGAUGAGAAUGAAGUCCUGCGGCAGCAAAUAAUCAAGGUGGAGGUAUCCAAGCAGACGCUUCAAAAUGAGCUGGACAAGCUAAAAGAGAGUUCCCUGAAGAGAAGAGGCAGCAGAGAAAUGCACAAAGAAAAAAAGGCAUUUACCCAGGAGGACAGCGCUGAUUUGAAGUGUCAGCUUCAGUUUGCCAAAGAGGAAGCAGCACUGAUGCGUAAGAAGAUGGCCAAGCUGGGGAGAGAGAAGGACGAGCUGGAGCAGGAGCUCCAGAAAUACAAGUCCAUCUAUGGAGAUGUGGACAGUCCUCUGCCUACAGGAGAGGCCGGGGGCCCUCCCAGUACCAGAGAGGCUGAGCUGAAGCUUCGGCUGAAGCUGGUGGAGGAGGAGGCCAACAUACUGGGCAGGAAAAUAGUAGAACUGGAGGUAGAGAACAGGGGUAUAAAAGCUGAGAUGGAGGAUAUGAGGUGUCAGUACGAGAAAGAGUGUCUCAGCAGGGACCACAUUUCAAGCAUUCCUACCUCACCCUACGGCGACUCUGUGGAGUCGGCCAUGGAGCUGCGCCGACACCUGCAGUUUGUGGAAGAGGAAGCAGAACUGUUGAGGCGGUCAAUCUCUGAAAUCGAGGAUCACAACAAACAGCUAACCAACGAGCUGAACAAAUUCAAGUUUGAGCCGGGCCAGGAGCCAGGCUGGCUGGAGGAUGCAGCGUCCAAGUGCGGUGGGCCACUGCAGGAGGAGCUGAAGUCUGCCAGGCUGCAGAUCAACGAGCUGAGUGGGAAAGUGAUGAAGCUGCAGUACGAGAACAGGGUCCUGAUGUCCAAUGUGCAGCGGUACGACCUUGCCUCCCACCUGGGCCUACGCACUUCCAGCCCCAGGGACAGCGAUGCUGACAGUGAUGCAGGGAAGAAGGAGAGCGACAGCGAAGAAGGUCGCCAGCUCCAGCCAAAGCGAGAGGGGCCGAUUGGGGGCGAGAGUGACUCCGAGGAGAUUUAUGAGAAGACAUCGGGUUUUGGGAGUGGGAAGCCAUCAGAAGUCAGUGACCUGUGCUCCACUGACCUGAUGCGAGCAAAAGAGGACACCGAGUCUUUAAUUAACAUCAAACGUGAGGCUGAGCGCCUUGAAAGGACCGUAGAUCGUCUUAUCACUGACACAGACAGCUUGAUUUAUGAUGCAAAGGUGCAUAUAACCAGCAGCCCAUCCACUGAACAGGAUUUCAGAAGUGAUGAGGGAAAGGGAGAAGAUAAGCAUGAACCGGAGCUUCUGGACACCAUCAAUGCCAGGAUGAAAUCUUUCCGCAAAGAGCUGCAGACCUUCCUGGAGAAGGUUGAUCACAUAGGGGAGGGCCUUAAGGAGCAGAUGGAGGACCUUUCACCUCUUCCACAUCUCACAGAGUCUUCCAGUUUCCUAUCCACGAUGACGUCCAUGUCACGAGACUCUCCCAUUGGUAACCUGGGGAAGGAGUUAAUCACAGACUUCCAGUCCAAACUGAGGGAUCAGAAGGAGUGGCAGCUCAGACAAGAUCGUGGAGAGGAGCGAGAGAUUCACCACCAGCGAGCCACCACCGACCCACACCGCAGAGCUGAUGGAGACAUAAAACUCUACAGGCCAGGAGACAAGGGCUGUUUCAGUCUAGAGAGUGUAUCGAUACAGGAGCUUCAGGCUCAGCUUGAGCAGGAGACAAGACUUCACCAGGAGGAGCAAGAAAAGUUUACAGAAAAGAUCAUUCAGCUGGAAGAGGAGCAUAUGCAGACCCUGAGGAGGAAAGAUUUGGAAGUGCAGAGCUUGACUUUACAGAACAAACUGGAAGAAAAGACUUGGAGCCAGGAGAAGAGUUUGCUGCAGCAAGAACUCAGGCAUUUCAAGCAGGACACCUUCCUUGUAUAUGUCAAACUGAAGUGGCUACUGAAACACUGGCGGCAAGGCAAGAAAAUGGAGGACGAUGGGGAGGACAUACUAGAGAUCGAGCAUCUUGAAACCCUCCCAGAAUUUGGCAUUCAGUCUGAGCAGAAGGCGGAUGAUGCAGAGCGAGAGGAGGAGGAAGAGGAUGUUGUGUUUGCACUGACAGAUUUCUCCCAACGUCCCACUGCGGAGAGUGUGGAUCAUGGACCACAGCUGCAGACUGCGGAGUUACUGCAGCAGCAGAAGCAGGCAAGUGAAAAUCGGAAGCUGCUGAGUGCUGUGAAGGGCCUGCUGGAUGACUUCCGCUCAGAGCUGCGGGAUGACGAGCGCGAGCGUCACAAGCUCCAGCAGCAGUACGCCCUGGACAAGGCAGCAUGGGAGGUGGAAAUGACUGAGCUGAAGUGCCAUCUGGAACAGCUGGAAAGGAAGAACGAGAACAGCUUUGGAGAAACAGGCGUCACUUCUGAUGCAAAGGGAGCUUUUAAACGGGAAAGAGAGGAGCAUAAAAAGCUUCUGGCUGAGACUCACGGAGUGGUGAUGGACCUCCGCUGGCAAAUCCAGCACAGUGAGAAGAACUGGAACCGAGAAAAGGUGGAACUCCUGGACAGGCUUGAUAGAGACCGACGAGAAUGGGAACGCCAAAAGAAAGAGCUGCUCAAGCGGAUAGAGCAGCUUCAGAAAGAAGUGAGCCCACGAAGAGGAGGGGGCUUUCUAUGUGACCAGAAGGAGAGUAACCUUCGUCCAUUUACAACCCAAGGGAACCUUCACAUGCCCCGUCCGAUGGGGUCAAGAUCCUACUCUGACUCAGAUGCCAUUCAGUUUGAUGACCGGUCACUGUCCAAGCUGAAGGAGAGUGAUCGAUGUAGCGCCACAGAGAACCUCUUCCUGGAGUCACUCUCUCUCGAUUCCCCCGAUGAGUUGGAGGAACAUCGCUCCAGGCAGCUGGAGCGAGAGAAAUUCGUGACCGGAUUAACAGAAGAGGAAGAAACACACAAAGGAAAUCUUCAAAGGGCCAUGUCUGUUUCUUCCAUGUCAGAAUUCCAGCGCUUGAUGGAUAUUUCUCCAUUUCUACCGGAAAAAAACUUGCCUUUAUCCAGCAGCAAAGAUGACAUAACCCCUCCUUUGUCUCCUGAUGAUCUGAAAUACAUAGAGGAGUUCAACAAAAACUGGGAUUACAGUAGCACCAGGAAUCAUGGGGGGGCCACCGAGAAGCCUGCAGAAGGGUGGAUAGAAAGGACAGAAUCUGGGAAAGCUGGGAAUGAUCCUGCUCCAGAUCCCUUCCAGGCCUCAUCAUGGUACCUCACCACCAGUGUCACAAUGACAACCAAUACCAUGACCAGCCCGGAGCACUGCCAGAAGCAGCCCACAAGGAGUAAUGGUGUAACUGAAAAAAUGGGAGUUCGGAUCUUCCACAGCCCACCAGUGGUCCGUAGGUUUGAUAACUCUGUGAUAGCCGGCAGUGAAGGGAAAAACCAAGUGGAGCCAGAUUUCCUGUUUUCUAUGACCAAAGCUAUGGGGAAUGUUGCUGAGACAAAAAGUCCUUCCUCUGAUAUGUUUGGAAGAUGGUCUUGUGACCUGACCAAACACCAUAAGGAUUUUCUGGAGAAUGGUCUUCAUCCCAUUGAACGCCCUAUUUGCACUACUGUAGGCUUUGCCUCACCUUUGCACAGCUUGGAGAUGUCCAAAAACAUGAGCGAUGAUAUGAAGGAGGUCGCUUUCUCAGUCCGAAAUGCGAUACGCUCUAACUCUAAUUCAGGAGAGCCUCAGUUUAAGGACACUGCGUGUCAAACCAAUGGUAUGAGAACAACAGGGACGCAGACCACCCAGACCAUCAGCGUCGGCUUGCAGACAGAAACCCUGCGCAGUAUCACCAGCAGUCCACAUAAGUGUCUGACACCAAAGGGGGGGUCCACGCCUGUCUCUUCACCAUCCAGAAGCCUGAGAAGCAGGCAGGUGACCCCUGUCAUUGAAAAGGUCCAGGCUAAGUUUGAACGCACAUGCUGCUCCCCCAAAUAUGGCUCUCCAAAGCUGCAAAGAAAAAUCCUUCCCAAAUCAGACCAGCCAAAUAACAGGACUUCGCCUGGCACACCUCAGAAAGGAUUCAGUGAGUCCGCUUGGGCUAGAUCAACUACUACAAGGGAGAGUCCUGUCCAUACCACCAUCAAUGAUGGCCUCUCCAGUUUGUUCAACAUCAUUGACCAUAGCCCUAUCUUUCAUGAGACCUUCCAAAAAUCCCCCAGGUCUAGCAGCCGAUCCAGGUCAGCAGAACCCAGACCAGAGCUGGGCCCGGUGCAGGAGCCAUGUACUAAUGCCCGUGGCAGAUCACCCAGUCCUCUUCGUUUGGGUACAGAGACACAAAAGGAAGAUGGGACUGAGGUGACAAGUAUCAGGCAGGACUUAUCUGCUCCUCCAGGGUACACACUUACAGAAAAUGCUGCCAGGAUCUUGAAUAAGAAACUUUUGGAGCAUGCCUUAAAGGAAGAGAGAAGGCUACCUUCACACAGCCCACCAAAUCUUAGCAAUGACAACAGCACAGGAGAAAUUGUCAAAGUAGAUCCAGGGUCCAUAGAGAACCAAACUGUCUUAUUAACUACCCCCUGGGGACUCUAACCCUGCCUGCCUCACUGCUGUAAGUCCUUUCUACCUUGUUUCCACAACUGUCUGAAAGUGGUCACUUUGAACACAUGUGGUAUUGAAAGGAAAUAAUAAAUGACCCCAGCUACAGCGGUGCUCACCUGACAUCUCCGUGUAAUCCUUUGUACAAAAUGGUCUGGGAGUGCUCAAAAUGGAAACCCAAGCAGCUCCUUCCUCUGGUAGCAUGGGCUGGGAGCAUGCAUAGUUGUGGAGGGGUGACACAGGUCAGAAUUUGUGUGGUUGGGUUUUUUAUUAAAGGCAGAACUGAAGAGCAGUUUACAGUACCCAAAAAUGUUGGGGAAGUAUUCAGAUUUUUAACUUUUUUUUAAUCACUUCACACUCCCACUUGGGGCUUCUGGCUGCUGUGUUCCCUUAGGCUGUAUCUGUAGCAGCAGGUGAGAGAGCUGGGGACAGGGUCUCAAGCACCAGCCAGUGGCUGACAGUCACAUUUCAUCAUUAAGCUGCUUCCAGCACAGUUUUGGUCAGUGCCAGCUGGCUGACUGGACCAUCCACUCAGCCUCAGAGCCUGAAAACUGCCUGUUUUAUGUAUUCGUGUCAGCAUAACCACAGUGGCUGGCAGCCUGGCCUAGGAAUUAGCUAGAAACUAAAACUGAAACCUUUCCCAAAUCCAGACUAAGAGGUGCUGCUUCUCCACCCACUCCUCAAGUAACCACCAAAGUAAAUCACCCCUAGGAUGUUAGAUUUUUUCAACAUCACUAGCUUUUGCAGCUGCACAUGUUAAGGGAGGGCAUUUGAGAUUUCAAAUACCACUCCUGACAGUUCCCUUUUGAUAGCUUGAUUUCCUUAAUACACUCUGAGAAAGUUAGCAUCUGUCCUUGGGGUUCCCUCCUUGGCAUCCAAAAUGAUGCCUACAACAUUGGGCUGCCGGUCCCUCCUCUGCAAGAUGACAGUGUAUGGUGUUGUUCUGGGCAAGUGCACAGACCAGUAAAAUAGGAUGAGCCUAAUCCUGCCAUUCUGAACAAGCUGGCCAACAUUUUUGGGUACACUCCAUCCUUGGAGGUGUUCAAGGCCAGGUUGGAUGGGGCUUUGUGCAGCCUGAUCUAGCAGGAGGUGUCCCCAGCCCGUGAUACAGGGUUGGAACUGGGUGGUCCUUAAGGUCCCUUCCAACCCAAACCAUUCCAUGCUUUAAAGACACUUAACAACUGGGUGACAGCAGUGGAAACAAAAUUUAUUAUCACAUUGCUGACUCUCAUUUCCUCCUGUGAAACUAGGAUAAAGCAGCCAGAAGCAAGCAGAAAUGUAAAGAUGCCAUUUUAAGAUUCUGGUUAGAGAGAGUCUAAGGCAAAGCCCACACAUUACGCAGCCCUGAUUUGUCAUGUUGCAUGGCCUGUAGGGAUGGCUAUGCAUACAGAUUCCAAACAUGAGUGGCAGCUCUCAGACCCCGGAGCGAUGGGAUAGGGUGAAAUAAGGACACGGAGUCAGGUUUCUCAUUAGCACUGGUUUAUGUUUCAGCAAGGGCCACAUCUGCGCUCACAGCACAGGGCUGGGGGGAGAGGACAUGCAGUGAUAGCGCACAUGUAGGCCCAAAGCCAUGGCCUAGCACCUGCCCCGUGCUCCUGCUGCCCAGCACUGAGGGCUGACAGGCACAGCUCUGCCUGGCAAUGGGUUGCAGCAGAGCUGGUUGCAUAUUGCACAGAGACACUGAGCUCUGGCCCUUCACAGAGGCUUCCCUGCCCCAACUCUCUUAGGCACUCUCCAGACUGCACACGCCUGUACAGGCUCCAUUUCUAGUACUACUACUCCGUGUCUUCGAAAUCAGUCUCUCUGUCACGUAUCAUCCCAAUCCAACCGAGAUGUUUGAUGACAUAUCACCGUGUUUGUUCACUGCCCAUCACAUCAUGUUACCUAACCCAGUAUUCUCCAUUGUUUUCUCUGUUUGAAACUCUGCACUCAGUCUGCUGCUUCCUACUGUGUUGUUUUACUGCUCCUUUGGCUUCCCUUUGGCUUACUGUGCCAGAGCUUGUCUAUUGCACUGUGUCACUCUUGAUCUCUCUCUUCAUUUACAACCAGCUUGUAUUCUGUUUUAUAGACUGAUAUUUCUUUAACUCUCUUCAGUGUAUGCAGAUCAGUAGAUUGACAGACUCCUCUGACUUGUUUUGAUAAAUGCUGAAAUAUGCAGAGAAAUUCAGAUUUUUUACUUUGGUACUACAGGCCAGACUUGCUCCCACAGUCAGUCACCUUGAUGCACUGAGCAUGGAGAGCCAGGCAGGAAACCUGGCUGUGCAGUUAGUAGAGCCUGUAAAUACAAGAAGCAAUUAUCAACCUGGUGACAGGGUUAAAAAAUGAUGAUUUCAAGAAGCACGGAUAGGUUGAACAGUGGAAAACUGGUGGAGAAAUAUAAUUUCAGUUUUCCCCCAUUUCUGUAAAUGUCAUCUUUAAUGUACAGUAACACUGAUUCCUGUAAUUAAUUCAAGCAAAAGCAGCUGGCAGUGAGGAGUCAUGUUUCAGAAGCUGAAAUCUGGAGGUAAGCCUCAUCCUUAAUCCAGCUGAAGUUCACAGCUGGUCCUACAGUCAUUAUUCUUCUACUAAGAAGUCUUUCCUGCAUGUGAGUCUGAAAUCAGAGGCAGACAGGAGUCAGUAGUUGAUUUUCACCUCAUUUCCCAAUGCCAGACCAGGCCCAAUGCAAUGAGUAUAAUGCAUUAUCAUGAUAUUAUCAUGCAAAUGUGUUUUUCUAGCUCAAGAAGAAUUAGCAAAUGGAAGCUUGUCAACUACUUCAGUUCAUCCCAGACCUCCUUCUCUCAUUCUCUUCUUAUCUGUUCCAUAAAUCAUGGACAUGUACAUGAAUAUCUGGAGCCCACACACAGAGAGAUGUUCACUGCUUGCUUUUGUCCUGUGAAUUGACAGAUGCUUAGCUUUAGCUUGAAUUCUCCUUAUUUUUUAAUUCUUUUCACAUCCAGAUGGCCUCUAAUGCUAGUCACUAACCACUGUUUUGCUCUCUUGGCUGCCAAGGAACUGCCUUGUUCUGCACUAGCCCCAUCACUCGAACCCUGCUUCUCCCGGCCAGAGAGACCAGCGAACCGGCGCCCACCGUCCCGAUGGGCUUCACAUUCCCCUACUGCCUCACAGUCACAGUCAACUGGAGACCUGACUUCCUCGAAGGAAAGCGGAGGCACGGAACCGCCAGCGGAGGCCGUGAGCCAGGGAGACCAGUCAGCAUGAGCGGCUGUGGGCACCGCGCCAGGGCUGGCCUCUGCAGUGGGCCCGACAGAGAAGUCCCGUAGUGGAGGUCAAAGAAUGUUCUCAAAUGCAGCUGCUGAAUGUCCGACCCAUGAAACCGAGGUGUUUCUAGAAUGAAACAGUUAAUGUGCCUGUAAUAACUUAAUUUUUUUUCAUAGCUGAGAAAACUAUUUUUGUCUCCAUCUUUUCUACAUACAGAAUAUUAACAAAAAAAAAGGGGGAAAAAAAGGGUAAAAAUGACAUAAAGUAAGAUUUACAAUAAAAUGUAAAUUAAGUUUUAAGGGAAUUUGAAUACAUGCUCACGCUCUCUCCAAAUACUGACUGCCUUUCGGUUAUAUUUGCACUGUUAAUUUUUCAGUUUCAGUUUGGUGUUUUUUUGGGGGGGAGUUGUUUUCGGUUUUGUUUUGUCAUGUAAAACUAGAGUCUUAAGUUAAUUUUAUUCUAUUUUAAUGUCAGUGUUAUCAGUUUUUAAAUGUCAGUUUCUUAAAGGUGCUUCGACUGUCUGAAGCAAUACCUUUUAAGUAGUGAAGAAAGCCAUUAAGCUAGUUCACUAGAAUUGUAUUAGCUGAAAUGGAGGGGAAUACAGGUAAACACGAGAAAAAAGUGUAAAAAAAAGAAUGCCUCAGAAAGUCGUAUGGCUCUAGCUGUAAAAUACACCUACGAUACUUGACUUGCAUGCCUCUGGGUCCUCGCACUUUAGUGCAUGUACAUACUGCUACUGUACUUCUGCCGUCACAUCAACGUGAGUCCAUCCGUUCCACUGUAAUAUUGUGGUGAAUUUACCUGUACUGUACUUUUAUUGUUGGUAUUCUUGCAUUGACUAGACAAAAGAGUUUUUAAAUUAUUGUUAGCGGUUCAACUGGCUAUGUACAGUGUUUACUGGGAUCUUCUUUCGUUUUGGGAAAACCAUUGAGAACUCUGGGCGCACCAACUUGUAACUGGCCUUGUUUAGGAGUCUGUCGGAGACCGUGUGAAGUGGAAAUAAAACCCUCAGUAUUUACAA